AACCUCGCUCGUUGGGAACGUGCGCUUUAACGAACAUUGCUCGCUUCGCCUCUGGCCAAGUUGACAGUGAAUCGAAAGCUCCUAGAGCCUCGGACCUUACCACGCUCAGCUGCGCCUCAUGGGCAGUUACCUGAGCAAGCCUGGCCCGCCGCAGCCGGCCCGCACCCAGGAGAGCCGGGACCUGCGGGAGAAGCCCAGCCGCCGCCCAGCUGCCCGCUCCCCGCCGCCUACCGCCCCUGCCCAUCGCGUGCAACACGUUCACCCUGCUCUCCCCGCUCCUCCUCUUCGCCGGCGCCCCAGGAGGCCUUCCUCCCGGGACCGUGGGGCUCUGCCAGACUGCUUCGUAAUAACACCUCGAAGGCGCUAUCCGACCCAGCAGGCCCAGUACUCGCUCGUGGGCGUGCUUCCCACCGUGUGCUGGGAUGGUUGUCCCAAGAAGGCUGUGCUCUCUGCUCGAAAUUCCAAGAUGGUGUGCGGCGGUCCAGGCACCGUGAGAAUCGCGCCUCCUGACAGCAAGCUGAUGGGUUCCCCGGUGCCAGCGCAGGCCACCCACUCGGUGCUGCCCUUGCCGUCCGCUAAGGCUGCAGUCCCGAAGGCCAGUGGACUGAAUGCCCUCCAAGAGAGGAAGAAAAGAGUCAAGGGCAAGGAAGACCCGGUAUUCCUGGAUGGCCUGCAGAGUAAGAGAAGGUGCCAUGACAGCAAUGGCAGUGGACACCCCACAGCGGCGCCCCAGGUGGCCAAUGGAGCCCUUGCUGCUGGGGUGCCUAAGCCUGGGUCUCUGAAGAGAGGUCUCAGUUCCCAAAACUCGCAUGACCCCUCGAUAAAAAGACCUUGCCCCUCUGCCUUGGCAGCCACGUACACGGGAGGCAUCCCCAGCUCCCGCCGCAACGCCAUCACCAGCUCCUACAGUUCCACCCAAGGCCUCUCGCAGCCGCACAAGAGGAGUGGGCCCUCUUCAUCCUCCUCCUCCAGCUCCGCCUCCUCCCACCCGCAGAUGCCAAAGAGGCCCGAGAAGAAAACAAGGCAACAGCAGCUGCGCGCUCCUUGCGGUUUGGUGCCUCCCAAGGCUUCUCAGGGGGGAAGGGUUGCAGAGCCACCCAAGAGUAAGACAGAAAAGGGAUGGAAGUCCCCAUCUCCCCCUGACGUCUCCAGUAGGCGCAAACGCAAGAUUCAGCUGCUGCCCUGCAGGCGAGGGGAGCCGCUGGCCUUGCCUCCUGCGCCGCAGCUCGGCUACCCCAUCAGUGCGGAAGAAUACGAGAAGGAAAAGAGAGCGGCGUUCCAACGGCUCAACAGGCUCUUGGAAGACAAGACUGAUGCUGCCCUGAGCUCCGUCGCCAAGAAGCUGCCUGCAGCCCAGCCGCGGGUUAAGUCAACCCUGUCUGCUGCUGGGAGUGCUUUCCCAACCGCCACUCUGUCGGCUUCCAGCACCAAGAAGACACAGAAGUCUUCGGGCCCCCCAGCCUUCCCGGAAUCCGCAGGAGUGGCGAGGGCAGUGGCCCCUUUGCCUGCAAAGACACUGGCCCCUUUGCCUGCAAAGACACCUGACCUUCUAGCUCCUGUCGGCGCAUCUCAGCCAGCGAUCUUUCCAGCUCCAGCUGGGACCUCAGCAUCCUCCAAGUUCAAGUCCAAGGUGGUAGCCUCCGCUGAAAGUGGGAGUGAAGGCCCCUUGCUGUCUGGCCGUGCAACCACAGUGUCUUCCAGGACCACUGGCACUUCCUCAACUGUCACGCCCAACUGUGGCAUCCCAGGGCCACCUGCACCUGUCAUGCCCUUGGCCAUUCCCCACUCCUUCAAGCACAACAUGGCUGCAGCCCCAACCCGCCCUGUCUUUGCUGGGCAAGCUUCUGCCACCUCCUCUGUGGCUUGUGUCACCACAGCCAGUACCACCACAGACUCGGCUUUGAAGCCUGCUUUUGGCUUUGGUGGCAGGGGUGUGCCCAGCACCCAGAGCAAUGCGACUGGCACCACUGCCUCCACUACAGCAGAGGCUUUCCUCUUCGGGGCUCCCCCUGCCUCAGGAGCCAGCUUUGCCCCAACUGAGGGCUCCACAGUCCAGUUUGGCAAGCCUCCUGCCAUGCCAGCCUCAGCCACAGUCACCACCUUUGGCCAGUCCUCCUCCAGAGCUGCCCAGUUGGCCACUAGCAGCACUGUCCGCUUUGGUGGUUUGGGCAGCACCCUCACAACCUCAGCUCCGGUCACCCCCAGCCAGCCUACACUGAUGUUCCCUAAAACAGCCCCUGCAGCAUUCAACAUGCCCUUUGGCUCAAGCACCAAGCCCCCUCUCCCAUCGUACCCAGGGGCCAACCCCCAGGCCACGUGUGGGGCCGUGGAUAGGCAGCAGAAGGCUGGCAAGCUAGCCCUUGCCCUAAGCUUUGGCAGCUCUCUCACUUUGGGGAACAUUGCAGCCCCGGCUCCGACAGCAACACAGGCGCUGGCUCCCACUCAGCCAGCUUUGGGUAGCGCCCCCCAGUUGUCUUUGGGUGGUUUGAAAUCCACAACUGCUGCCUUUAGUACCCCUGGAAACACCAAGCCAGCCUUUAGAAGUGCCACAGCGGGCUCCUCCUUGGGUGCAGUCACCCAAAGCACCAGCAGUGGGACCAGUAGCACCCCCUUCACGUUUGGGGGACCAGCGGCCCGGGUUGGCAGUGCAGGCCCCAAUCCCCGGGGGGCCACCCAAGUCACCACCUCCACUGCUGAAGUGCUUAGCUUCAGGUCUAGACAGAGUGGGACCAUAGUCAAUGCCGCCUCCUCUGGGGGGACCUUGAGUCAGAAGAGCCUGGCUGCACCCAGCCAGGACCCAGGGGUCCUCAACGUGGCCAGCACCCACAGCAGCAAGCCUGUAGCUGGAGGCACUUCUGCACGCACCUUUGCUCAGAACGCCCCUGCUCCAGCACUGGGCACGGCGGGUGGCAGCCUUUCCUUUGGGGUGUCCUCCACGUCUACCCACGGUCUUGCUAGAAUUGGAUCUUUCAGGUCAGAGGCCCCUUCCUUCUCCAUUGGUGCAGCACCCAAGACCCCAGGGCCUCGGCAGCGACUGCAGGCUCGACGGCAGCAGCCUCGCAAGAAAUAGUCUUUGUCCCUUGCCUCUGCCCCUGACCCUGCACCCCCACCCCUUGCCCAAAACUAGACUUGUCCCCAACUAGGAAGGCCCUUUGACCCUUGGAGUUCCAUAAACUAAACCUAUCCCAGAUCUCUGCUGUUGACCACCAAGGGAGUAGUGGCAGCCCUGGGGUCCCCUCCCCUCCUGCUGGAGGCAGAUACCUCGGGGAGAGGGGCAGGCAGGAAGUAGCAGGGCAGAAGCGUGGUGCUUUUAUUUGAAUAGUUGCACUGGUGAGCUGGGGAGCCAAAAGAAAUCCAUAUUUAUUUUUUAUUUAUCCCUCACUCUUGUUUGGUGUGUAACCAACUACCUUUCUCCCUGAUGGUCAUCUUCAUGGGAGGGCAUGAGACACAGCCCACUGGGAUCUCCAUGAGCUUUGGAUGGGACUGGGGGAACAGAUUAUUCCAGAAGCUUGACUUUGCAUGGCUUGGCUACAAGAACUGGUUCUCUUCCCCCCUAGUCCCUUUAGGGGACUGUGUCUCCCCAUUCCUGGUUGCUUUGUCCCUCGCCUGUUCCUUGCUGGAUUUAUUCCUUUAAAGAUGACCCUGAGUCCAGCUUUGCCUUGGAGACCUCAGAGGGUGCUGCUCCUGCUGACCUAUUUCCUCCUGCCAGGUCACAGCCAGUGUGUCAGCUCCCUCCUUCUCUGUCAGUCUGGCCCCCUAUAAAGCAUGGUGGCUCCAGACUGUCAGCCUGACACAUCCAGGGAUGAGACACCUCACUCUGGGAGAGAGAAACUACCAGAGAAGGCAGGCCACCCUCUGCAGCUGUCCACUGCCUCCUCACCCACCUACCCAGUGGCCUCGGCAGAGUGUCUCCCUCUUAGGCAUGCUGCAGGCCUUCUGCUGUGUUACUUGGUGCUCCUGUUACUGCCCUUGGGAGUGUGGAGGAGGGAUUGUGUAAGUGGUGGCAUGCUGGUAGUGCCUGACUUAACUGCUGCGGCUUUCCCAGAGCCACGCUGGUUGAAUGUGGAAGCAGUACCACUUUCCAGCUACUGGUGUUGACUCCUGAGUCUUCCCAGGAGGAAGGGACCAGGGGAAACAAAGACUUCGUCCCUCUGCUGUUUUCUCCUUGUAGGCCCUGCUUUAGGUGACAAUACCCCUUCCCUUGUCCACAUUAGAAAGCCCAAAUUCAUGGGCCAUACUUUAAAAUAGUGUCUUAGUUCUUUUUCUCAAACAUCCCUUUCUCGCUUUCUUCCUUUGUUCCAAAACCACAUAGCCCAGGCCCUAGAACCUUGCUGACACACCCAACCUCUUGGGGAGAAAUAUGAAUGUAUGUGUUUGAAAAGAUA